UUUCUCAACUGAAACAGCAACCACAACUCUGUCUGACACCACAACAAAAACUGAUGCAACAACAGUUUUGGCUUCCACAACCGCACCUCUGAUAUCGACCACUAUAGCACCAGCAUCAACAUCUGAUGUCGUAACCACAACUAUGCCUGACACCACAACAACAACUGAUACAACAACAUCUUUGGAUUCCAAAACGACCAUUCCAACAUCCUCAACGUUUGAACCAACGUCAACAACAUCUGAUGCAGCAACCACAAGUAUUCCUGAUACCACAACAAUGAGAGAUGCAACAACAACUUUGGCUUCCACAAUCACUCCUACAACAUCCUCAACUGUAGUGUCAGUUUCAACAACAACUGAUGCAUCAACAACAACUCUGUCUGACACCACAACAACAACAACAACUGAUACAACAACAACUUUGGCUCUCACAACCACUGCUCCAACAUCCUCUAAUAUUGCACCAAUUUCAACAACUGAAACAGAAACCACAACUCUGUCUGACACCACAACAACAACUAAUGCAACAACAAUUUUGGCUUCCACAACUACACCUCUGACAUCGACCACUAUAGCUCCAGCAUCAACAUCUGAUGCAGCAACCACAACUAUGCCUGACACCACAACAACAACUGAUACAACAACAUCUUUGGAUUCCACAACCACCUUUCCAACAUCCUCAACGGUUGAACCAUCGUCAACAACAUCUGAUGCAGCAACCACAAGUGUUCCAGAUACCACAACAAUGAUAGAUGUAACAAAAACUUUGGCUUCCACAAUCACUCCUACAACAUCCUCAACUGUAGUACCAGUAUCAACAACAACUGAUGCAUCAACAACAACUCUGUCUGACACCACAACAACAACAACAACUGAUACAACAACAUCUUUGGCUUCCACAACCACCUUUUCUACAUCCUCAACGGUUGAACCAACGUCAACAACAUCUGAUGCAGCAACCACAAGUAUUCCUGAUACCACAACAAUGAUAGAUGCAACAACAACUUUGGCUUCCACUUUCACUCCUAUAACAUCCUCAACUGUAGCGCCAGUUUCAACAAUAACUGAUGCAUCAAGAACUCUGUCUGACACCACAACAACAUCAACUGAUGCAACAACAGUUUUGGCUUCCACAACCACACCUCUGACAUUGACCACUAUAGCACCAGCAUCAACAUCUGAUGCAGCAACCACAAUUGUGCCUGACACCACCAACAACAAUUGAUACAACAACAUCUUUGGCUUCCACAACCACCUUUCCAACAUCCUCAACGUUUGAACCAACGUCAACAAC